GCAUAAAUUCAUCUUAUUGUUAGUUACGAGCACACCAUUGCAUCGUGAUCGUGGCAUUCUUCAUGGCGACGCUGUUGAUUACGGUGCAUGUCACUAGCAGCCGACAAGAUAUCAAUAGUCAACGCAUAUCACGUUAAUAGGAUUGAUUAAAGGCGUAAUUGAAAGGCAAGAUGGAAUUAAUCCGAAGCGUAUUGAGAAAGUCCACUUUCAUAUACAAAAACGGUGUGCAGUGUGUAUCUGUGAGACACAGCGGUACCACGACGUCAAAUGUAGCUGAGGUAGCGGUCUUCUCACGGGAUGGUGAUUCCGGACUUACAAUCACAGAUGCCGGAGACACGAAACCAAAGGAUGAUAUGAUUUUCAACGCUCUCGGAGCGACCGACGAGCUGUCCUCUUACAUAGGAUUGGCGAGAGAAUUCGCUUGCGAUGGGAAGGUCGAACAUCCUUACGUCGAUAAGCUUAAGAGAGUGCAAAUGAUUUUAUUCGAUUUAAGCCACGCCAUAUCGAAAUCGGUGCCUGGGAAAACCAGAUCCUUUGAAAGUAAGCAUACCAAAGACCUUGAAGAAUGGAUUCUUGAAUAUGCGAAUCAACUCCCUCCUCCAGAGGAUUAUAUCAUUCCAGGUGGUGGCAAAGCUUGUGCUUCCUUACAUGUUGCACGAACAGUAUGUAGGCGAGCAGAGAGGAGCAUUACAACACUAGUGCGAGAUGGUGCUUUGGAUAAAGAGGCACAAACAUAUUUGAAUAGAUUAUCAGAUUUUCUAUUAACGGUAUCACGCAUCGCAGCCAAAUGUGACCAACGUACAGAGAAUAUUUAUAUUCCAAGAGCCGAAGUGAUAGAGGAGAAAUGAAAGGACUGGGAUUUAGAAAUUUUUGUAGGAUUUAUAAUAAUUCUUUUUGCACUGAAAAUAUAUAAAUAGUCAGCUACAUAUGCCAUAAACAGCUAUAUAUGCCAAUUAAAAUAUAAUUGUAGAGAAUGACUAGCAUCCUGAUGAAUGGCUAUGUUUUGAUAUUAAUUGCCAAUAUUAAAAAUGUAUAGUUUACAUUGUGUGCACUAUAGAUUGGUCAGCACUGGCAGUGAAUAUCAAAACAGCAUAUAAUUAAUUACUUCAUUUGUUUUCAAAUGCCUAUUGCUUAUUGCUCAUCAAACAGUAUAUAUUUUGCAGAGAUUGUAUAUGUUAAUACAUAUAUCUUAAAUUGACAGUUUCAAAUAGAAUACAAAUAGUUAUAAAGAAGAAGUCUACUGUAAUUAUUAUAACUGCAAUUUGAAUAAAAAAAAAUAUUUAUUGCAAUUUUAUCAAAGUAAUAGUGUUAUGAUAAAGAUAUUAAUUUUAUGACAUAUAUAUGUAGAUAGAAUUUAUUUAAAUAAGAUUUGUAAAUAUGCAAAUGCAAACAAAUUACUUUAUUAAUUAUAUUGUUAUUAACAAAGAGUUGUAUCAACAUAUACUUGAAUUAUACUUAAUAAAUAUGAAUCUUUAUAGACAAUAGUUGAUUAAAAAAAAAUAAAUCUGUUUACUAUUUA